GAACUAUUUUAUUGUGAUCUUAUCCUAUAUCCACAAUGGAUUCUUUUGUAAUGAACACAUUAAAAGAAUGGGGACUAGAAGAAUUGAUUCCAACAUUUGCAGCUCAAAAAAUUGACACCGAGGUAUUUAACACCCUUACCGACAAUGAUAUUGAGAGCUUGAUAAGUGAAGUGGGCACCAAAAGGAAAUUUUUAAACAAGUAUCAAAACUUAAAAAAUUCUGUACUUCCUGUUACUGAAAAGAUUUUUAGUGAGAUAAUCUUUGAUACUGACUGGGCCUCAUCUAGCACGACAAUUUUAUCGUCGCUAUCUGAUAUAAAUCCAAGUCCAUCAACUUCCAGUGUUCCAUCAAAGGAUGAAGAAAUUCUGAUUAAUGAAAAGAAGUGUUUAAAUAAGGCUACAGUGGGUUUACCACGUAAAAUAUAUGCUAACCAAAACUGUAAUUCUGUAAGUUAUGCUCACAUACACAUACACGUAAAAAUUUUUACUUAUAUGUAAGGUUAUCAAAGUUUGUAAUAUGUAAAACUUUUG